AUGUCCUCUAUCAUCUUUAACCCUGCUAUGUUGACUGCGUCUCCCUCUCCCUCGCCUGAACCUGAGGAGCGUCCGCAAGACAGUGGUGACACAUCUACAAACGACGCCACUCUCGACAACACUGCUUCGAAGGAGCCUGAAGAGUCCAUUGUGGAUCAGAUUGACCGUGCGUGGGCAGCCGUCCUUAACACUAUGCAUGUCUGCAUAGACACAUCUCCUCCCUCCAAGCCUGAACUCUUGGAGGAGCAGGAAUCCUGGCUCCACGAUUGGAAUAUCGCGAUGUCCGAUAUGACCUCUGUUUUCUACCGGGCGCAUGCGGUGGGGAUGCACUUGUCCCUCAACGAUGUGGACGCGGUUAUGUUAGCCGAGGGUAAGAUUGCUGCAUGGACGCUAAUGAGGGCUGUGAAGACGUGGAAGGAGAAGGUGGAGGAGUCUGCCGUGACUGCGCGCCCAGUGCGCACUGAGAAGGGGAAGGCGAAGGAGGUUGUCGCCAGCAAGAAGACGGCGGAGAAGGCGACGGAGAAGUCGGGUGAGAAGGCGCCCAAACCCGUGCUUACUGAUAUGGGACGUCUGCGUUUGGGUGGGUGGAUGACCGCUACCUCAGUCAGCCGUCCUGCUGAGAGGUCUGAGCGGAAGGUGCGAGGCUGUGUUAAAGCGCAGAAGGGCUGUUCGUUUGUUGCCACUAAGAACAAGGGAUGUGCGCCGGCUGUGCCAAAGCGCAAGGUGCCUCCCUCCGCGCAAACGACUGCUCCGGAUGCCAGUGAGUCCGAGGUGGAAAUUAUUGUCAUGCAGCAGCCUAAGUGGCCGCUUGCCUCUACGGCUGAACCUGUGGUGAAGCGUCCUUGCCUGGACGCUGAUACUGAGUUGGAGGAGGCACGUGCUGAGUCCACUCAACUUUGCGCUGAGAACGCUGAACUUCAUACUCGGAAUGAUAAGUACUGUCUUGCGCUACUCGAUAUGCGCCAGCAUACUCGAACACAGGAGUCCGAGUUGCUUCACAUGAGCAACCGGCUGUACAUUUUGGCGCGCGACUGGGGCAAUUGGGAAAAGGAGCUUGGCGAGAUCCUAGAAGAGUAG